GGACGAAAAAAGUCAUGGACACUGCUCCAUAAUUUUUUUAGUCCCAUAAGCGGAAACGAAAUAAAAUAUAAACCUGGAAAUGUAAACAUUGGUUAGCGGCUUGUUCGAAAGAUAACCAUUACCAUAGAGAUCCAAUCUUUUAUUGUUCAUAAUUACUGCAAUAUCUAUUUCAUUUUCCUAAAUGGUAAUUCCAAUUAAAAAAAGAGAAAGUAUAAGACAAGCUUUGGGUUGAAGGCAAAGAUACACGUAGUCACUUUGAAUUUAACAAAACACUGUUUAUGAGGCUGGAUUUUCAAUAAUCAAGGGCCAUUUCACAAAAGGUCAUGGAAGAGCCGCUGGAUAUUGCAGUUAGCUGUCCUUACAACAUUCGUGGGUCAGACUACAUCAUAAGUCUAGAAUGUAAAGGUAGUGAAUCCCUAACAGUCCAAGUUGAAGACAGGCUAUCUGCUGACCAGUGGCGAUCAUCAUUUGAUGUUCAGUACAUUGAAGAUUUAACCCACAAAACAGGAAACUUCAAGCAAUUCAGUAUUUUUGUAAAUAUGUUGGAGUCUGCCAUUACCAAGUCCAGUGAAAGUGUUUCAUUAGAUCUAUUAACAUACAGUGACCUAGAAACUCUUCGUCAAAAGAAAAGUGGCAUUUCCUCUUCCGUCAAAUCCAGUAUUCCAGCAUCUAGGGCAGCACUGACAACAAAACGAUAUUUAAUUCUAACUUACACAGUGGAGUUUGACAGGAUACACUACCCAUUGCCCUUGCCUUAUGUUGGCAAGCCAGACCCCCGAGUUCUCCAAGAAGAGAUCAGGUCCCUCAGGGAAGAACUGAAAAAACUUAGACUUCAGCAUCCUCAUUCCGAUAGCAGAACUGAAAAAUUACUCAGAGAUUACAGACGAUUAGAGAGGGAAAAGAUCGAGCUGGAAGAAGAAUUCGCUGCAUUUCGUCGAGAGGUUAGACUAACCACCGGAGGCAAUGCAGUCAAAGACAUCAGAGCUCUGAAGACGAUGGUGAGAAAUCUGGAAGAGCAGCUGAUGAAAGAGAAGACUAAAUACCAGCGUACAACAAUCAAACGAAGUCAGGAAUACAAGGAUUUGUUAGAGGAGGUUGAAGAGUUAAGGUCGUCAGAAAGAACUUUACGUGUCAGAGUGAAAAGCUUAACGAAUGAACUCGCUAUGCUCAAGAGGGGUAGGCCUCUAACAAGGGUCAACUCAAAGGAGAGGCAUGGGUCAGGAGAUAGGCUCAGCGCUACUCGAAAUCUUUCUGCCUCACGCAACCGAUCAUUGUCUAAUGACCGGCUCUCAGGAAGACCAGGGUCUGCAGAGAGGACGAAAAGCAGGUCCAGGGAAAGGCCGCCCCUGCUCAGGUCAAACUCGUCUGAACAAGUGUCACGCUCAUCUCUUAAUGGCAGUGGAUUGAGGGGCAGAUCGACCUCUUUAGAUCGCAACACAUCUGCCAACAGGAGUAGAUUGUCUGUCGGCUCAGGAAGUAAUCGUAGUCGGUCCCCAUCACCGCUAGGUCCCAAGCGUUUUAACCCCACAGCCUACGUUAAAGAAAAAACAAGAAAGCAAAAAGAAACAGAACACAGAAUACGCAAAGAUCAGAGAUUGAAUUCAUCUGGUCUAUCUAGUAGAUCAAGGCGUUCUGGAAACUCCAGCAGAAUUUCAAAACCAAAAUUAAAAUCUUCCAAAAGUCUAAUUGAGGCUCAAACUUCCAACCACCUAAAAAGUUCAACAGGGAGUCAAGGCAACGGGAGUGAUGGAUAUGGUUCCGAUGGUUCAUACACUGGCACUGUCAGGCAAAGACCAGGUAGUGGAAAUAAAGGCUCUGGUAGAAUACACCUUGAUCAAGACAGUCCUGCAUCACUGAUUAGAACAGUAUCCAAUCGUCCUCCCAAUGGCAGAUCUGCUAAACAAUUAGCCAGUACACCAGAUUCAAACCUCAGUAAAACCAAGUCCAAGAAUCCAACUGCUGUUGAAACUGAUGAUGACAGUGAAUAUUAUGAUAGAUCGGCAGAGAUAAGUGAAAUUGAUGAAAGGCUGGACAGACUGCAGCAGUUAAUGAGGGCCACAAUGCAAUAAUGCUUGGUAAACUUAGUGUGCUAUUGUCUGUUUCCUAGUUCUGCACUCCAAUGAGCCAAUCGGCUUUAUAUAUUUUUAAGCUGCUGACAUGUAAAUAUAGUUUUUAAAUUAAAACUGUAAUUCUAAUUAUACAUCUCCUCAGUUUAGGAUUUUUAUUGUAAUGUGAAUUGAAUGCUAUUGGAUUGAUGGAACAAACCUGUCUCUUGGGUUGUUACAUUAUUUUCAAAGUUUAUGUAAAUUUACUACAUAAAGUUCUUCAGUUUUUUCAAAAAGAA